AUCAAGCAAGACAUUAAGCUUUGCUGAUGUGGAAGUUUCAGUAAGCUGAACUGAACUAAAACUAAAAUAGAAGCUAUCAUUACUUUUAAUUUUAACGUUUAAAGUCCUAAUAAUUUCGUUCAUUUACUCGUGUUUAAGUGAGCUAUGCAAGAAUUCAUGCUUCUUCAAAUUUUGAUUGGUUUUUCUGUUUUGACGACGGCAAUUCCGAAGCCGGAUGAUGAACAUAAAUCGCGAGUUAUCAAUAAGUUGCUUUAUAGUAAAAAUAAUUUCUUACAUAAACAAAUAAACAAAUCUUCAACGCAUAACCUCGAGGAAUACAUUUAAAUAUUCUUUUCACACUGUUCUCCUUUCUUUGAGAUAAAAUUUUUUUAAAUAAAUAAUAUAUAUGCAUAUUUUCACUGAACCAAGUAACGAAGAACACUAUGUCAAUUCUCAACAUAAUCCUGCUUAUGACCACGAGGCUUUCCUAGGUGAAGAAGCAAAAACUUUUGAUCAGCUUACUCCUGAAGAAAGUACAAGAAGGUUAGGAAUAAUAGUUGAUAAAAUAGAUAAAGAUAAAGAUGGUUAUGUUACUGGAGAAGAACUUAAAGACUGGAUAUUAUAUACUCAACAACGCUACAUACGAGAUGAUGUUGAACAUCAAUGGAAAUCUCAUAACCCUGAACAAAAAGAGAAACUUCCAUGGACAGAAUAUUUAGCAAUGGUUUAUGGAGAUAUGGAUGAACACGAAUUAGAAAAUCAUGAAAAAUCUAAAGAUAAUACUUUUUCAUAUGUUGCUUUGCUUAAGAAAGAUCGUAGACGUUGGGCAGCUGCAGACCUAGAUGGUGAUGAUGCUCUUACGAAAGAAGAAUUUCUUGCUUUCCUUCAUGCAGAAGAGGCAGAUCAUAUGAAAGAUAUUGUAGUGAUAGAAACUAUGGAAGAUGUUGACAAAGAUGGAGAUGGGAAAGUAUCUCUUUCAGAAUAUAUCGGUGAUAUGUAUGAUGGUGCAGAAGGUGAAGAAGAACCAGAAUGGGUAAAAAAUGAAAAAGAACAAUUUUCUAUGUAUCGGGAUAAAGAUGGCGAUGGUUUUCUAAACUUUGAAGAGGUCAAAACAUGGAUUAUCCCGGCUGACUUUGAUCAUGCAGAAGCAGAAUCUCGGCAUCUCAUAUUUGAAGCAGAUACAGAUGCAGACCAAAAACUUACUAAAGAUGAAAUAUUGGAAAAAUAUGAUAUUUUUGUUGGUUCUCAAGCAACUGAUUUUGGUGAGGCAUUGGCCAGACAUGACGAAUUUUAAUAAAAUUUCGUAUAUCAUUUUUAAAUAAUUAUACCUUUAUAAACGAACAAAAAGCAUAAUUGUGUGAACAUCAAGGACAAACUGUAUGAAACAUUUACUAAAGAUACUUUACCUUUAUUAGUAGGCUAAGAAUUUUUCUAUAAUGGCUGAUUUUUACUUACUCUCAUAACAUUGUUAACUAAAAAUCAUUACAUCCUUCAAAAGUGUAAAUAUGUAUUGAUCAUUGUAAUAAAUUACAAAUAUUUACUUAAUAAAGUAUACUUUGUACAUUGUAUAUAUCUAA